AUGAAUAUCAAAAGAAUGCUGGUUGAUUUGCAUAUUUUCAUUUCAGCACUAAUAUAUCUUGGAACUGGAUUUGCCUUUAAUUGUAAAAAGGGUGCGACUGAGUGUGCGGGAAAUGUCAUGAGAGUAUGCACUGAUGAGGGAUACUGGUCAGAAACCGAGUGCCCAACCGACUCUAGCUGCUCAACAAAUAGCGGCUCGAUUUCUUGUAAGAAGGUGGAAGAUUCAGAGGAUGCUGUGUCUAUUGAUAAGCCUCUUGAGGUUAAGAAAGGUAGAAGAAGAUCGGGUCCAAGGACAGUGACAGUUACGAAGAGGCUCAGUGAUGAAAUAGAUGAUGAUGAAAAGCCAAGCAAAAUUAGGAAAAAAUCCUCACAGUCGGUAAAAACUGUAACUAAACAACCCAAGGAAAUUGACUUUGAAGUAGAACAGGGUGCAUCAACAGGCAAAGAAGUGUCAUAUUCUAUAAUCUUAAGUGGAGGGCAGGGUGGUGCACCAAAUAUUGCACAAGUUGCAUCAUCUAGCCCAAGCACAAUGCAACAAAACCCAUCCGUAAAUAAUGUUUCAGGCACCACAUCUGCAAAACAAAUGUCAACACAGCCAGAUUCAUCAGGCUCAAGCUCAUUACCAGCCAAUAUGCCGCCAUCUGCAGGUACGACUUCUCAGCCACCAUCGGGCACAGCAUCGAGUUCCAGCACCCCUACACCUAGUCCCAGCCCGAGUUCUGGUCAAUCACCUGCGCCUAGCCAACCAAGUCCUAGUCCGAGUUCUGGUCAACCACCUGCGCCUAGCCAACCAAGUCCUAGUCCGAGUUCUGGUCAACCACCUGCGCCUAGCCAACCAAGUCCUAGUCCGAGUUCUGGUCAACCACCUGCGCCUAGCCAACCAAGUCCUAGUCCGAGUUCUGGUCAACCACCUGCGCCUAGCCCUAGUCAACCGUCCUCAAGUCCAGGUCAAUCUAGCCAGCCAUCUACAGAUGCUAAAUCUAGUUCUCAGCAAAGUCCCAGCAGCUCUUCAGGCUCUGACUCUAAGCCCGGUGCUGGUGGCCAAAUGGUAACAUCAGAACAAGUCACAUCUGCAUUAAAAGAAAAUGGCAUGAAUCCAAACUCUAAAUAUCUGGAUGCUGUUGUUAAGUCUGCAAAUACUCACUUCAAAGAUAAAGACUUUCUAGCCAUGUAUUUGGCACAACUUGCUCACGAAUCAGGUGGUUAUGUGUAUAUCGAAGAAAUAGCUUGCAAGGACACUAAAUGUCCCGGCCAGUACGGAACAGGUGCGCCAGGAAAGUCAUACUAUGGCCGUGGAUUUAUCCAGCUCAGCUGGCCUGAUAACUACAAAAGCGCAUCACAGGACUUGGGAAUGGGUGACAAAUUAUAUCAAAAUCCAGACUUGGUAGCACAAGAUGUAGACAUAGCCGUUAAGGUAUCAGAGUGGUUCUGGGAUAAAAAAGUAAUGACAGCCCCAGGUGUUAAAGAUAAAAAACAGUUUGGAUCAACAACCAAAGCUAUUAAUGGUGCAAUAGAAUGCGGAGGCAGUGGAACUGAUCAGGCAAAGAAGAGAUACACCUUAUAUAAGUCAAUGGCUAAGGCUAUGGGAAUAACCAACCUUGCUAGCGAGGCUGGAUGUUAUCCAGUGUAA